AUGUCCAAGAAGGGGACCAGCAGCCGGACGCGCGGGGACAAGGCCGAGGCGCUCGCGGCGCUGCAGGCGGCCAACGAGGAGCUGCGGGCCAAGCUCACCGACAUCCAGAUCGAGCUGCAGCAGGAGAAGAGCAAGGUCAGCCGGGUAGAGCGGGAGAAGAACCAGGAGCUCCGGCAGGUGCGGGAGCACGAGCAGCACAAGAACGCCGUUCUGGUCACAGAGCUGAAAACCAAGUUGCACGAAGAGAAGAUGAAGGAGCUCCAGGCUGUGCGGGAGGCGCUGCUGCGGCAGCAUGAGGCCGAGCUGCUGCGGGUAAUCAAGAUCAAGGACAAUGAAAACCAGCGGCUGCAGGCCCUGCUCAAUGCCCUGCGUGAUGGUGCACCCGACAAGGUCAAGACUGUGCUCAUCUCCGAAGCAAAGGAGGAGGCUAAGAAGGGCUUUGAGGUGGAGAAGGUAAAAAUGCAGCAGGAGAUCUCUGAGCUCAAGGGUGCCAAGAAGCAGGUGGAGGAGGCGCUGACGAUCGUCAUCCAGGCGGACAAGAUCAAGGCGGCUGAGAUUCGGAGUGUGUACCACCUGCACCAGGAGGAGAUCACCAGGAUCAAGAAGGAGUGUGAGCGUGAGAUCCGCAGGCUGAUGGAGGAGAUAAAAUUUAAAGACAGAGCAGUCUUCGUGCUGGAGAGAGAGUUAGGGGUGCAAGCCGGGCAUGCUCAGAAACUGCAGCGGCAGAAAGAGGCUCUAGAUGAGCAGCUGUCCCAGGCCAGAGAGGCCGACCGGCACCUGGGCAGCCCCAGACGAGACCUUCCUUAUGCAAGCGGUGCAGGAGAUGCCUCAGACCACUCAGGAAGCCCUGAACAGCAGUUGGAUGAAAAGGAUGCCCGUCGCUUCCAAUUGAAAAUUGCUGAGCUGAGUGCCAUCAUCCGGAAGCUGGAAGACCGCAAUGCCCUGCUGUCGGAGGAGAGGAAUGAGCUGUUAAAGCGUCUAAGAGAGGCUGAGAGCCAGUACAAGCCACUGCUGGACAAAAACAAACGCCUCAGCAGGAAAAACGAAGACCUGUCACACACCUUACGUCGGAUAGAAAACAAGUUAAAAUUUGUCACCCAGGAGAACAUAGAAAUGAGACAGAGAGCUGGGAUUAUCAGGAGACCAAGUUCCCUAAAUGACCUUGACCAAAGUCAAGAUGAAAGAGAAGUGGACUUCUUGAAGAUUCAGAUUCUUGAGCAGCAGAACCUCAUAGACGAGCUUUCCAAGACCCUGGAAACUGCCGGCUAUGUGAAGAGUGUGUUAGAGCGUGAUAAGCUUCUAAGAUACCGGAAACAAAGAAAGAAAAUGGCCAAGCUCCCCAAGCCGGUCGUGGUGGAGACCUUCUUUGGAUAUGAUGAAGAAGCUUCCUUGGAGUCGGAUGGAUCCUCCAUCUCGUAUCAAACAGACAGAACCGACCAGACGCCAUGCACCCCGGAUGGUGACUUGGAAGAGGGCAUGGCCAAGGAGGAGACAGAGCUGCGCUUCCGGCAGCUCACCAUGGAGUACCAGGCGCUGCAGCGGGCCUACGCCUUGCUGCAGGAGCAGGUCGGAGGGACCCUGGACGCUGAGCGAGAAGUUAAGACCCGUGAGCAGCUACUUGCAGAAGUGCAGCGCUCACAGACACGAAUUGAGGACCUGGAGAAGGCCCUGGCUGAGCAGGGGCAGGAUGUGAAGUGGAUUGAAGAGAAGCAGGCCUUGUACCGAAGAAACCAAGAGCUGGUCGAGAAGAUAAAACAGGUGGAGACCGAGGAAGCGCGGCUGAAGCAUGACGUCCAGGAUGCGAGAGACCAAAACGAGCUGCUGGAGUUUCGGAUCCUGGAGCUCGAGGAGAGAGAGAGGAAGUCACCUGCCAUCAACUUCCACCAUGUGCCCUUCGUGGACGACGGGAGGAGUCCUCUGCAGGUGUACUGCGAGGCGGAGGGCGUGACGGACAUCCUGGUCUCGGAGCUGAUGAAGAAGCUGGACAUCCUGGGCGAUAACGCCAAUCUGACCAACGAGGAGCAGGUGGUCGUCAUCCAGGCAAGGACCGUCCUGACCUUGGCUGAAAAGUGGCUCCAGCAGAUUGAAGAGACGGAGUCAGCCCUGCAGCGGAAGAUGGCUGACCUGGAAAGUGAGAAGGAGCUGUUCAGUAAGCAGAAAGGCUACCUAGAUGAAGAACUGGACUACCGCAAGCAGUCCCUGGACCAAGCUCACAAGCACAUCUUGGAGCUGGAAGCCAUGCUAUAUGACGCCCUGCAGCAGGAGGCCGGGGCCAAGGUGUGUGAGCUGCUCUCGGAGGAGGAGCGCGAGAAGCUCAAGGUCGCCGUGGAGCAAUGGAAGCGCCAGGUCAUGAGUGAGCUUCGAGAACGUGAUGCACAGAUCCUUCGAGAGCGCAUGGAGCUGCUGCAGCUGGCGCAGCAGAGAAUUAAAGAGCUGGAAGACCGGCUCGAAGCUCAGAAGAGGCAGAUCAAGGAGCUGGAGGAGAAGUUUCUGUUUUUGUUUUUAUUUUUCUCCCUAGCUUUCAUCCUCUGGUCUUAGCUCGUCUGGGCCCCUUAAUGUG